AUGACCACUCCUAUCAUGUCAGAGAAUCAUAAUUAUCUUCAAGAAAUUUCUAUCAAGUAUUUAGAAGAAAUGCUACGCUUCAAAAAUAAUCACUUGAUCACUGAUAAUAUCAGCAAUAAUAAUAAUAAUAAUAAUAAUAAUAAUAAUAAUGUUUCAUGUCAAAAUAUCCCAUACACUAAUGCAUGUGAAUUAUCUGAUUAUCAAAGGAACUAUUACACAAAUUUAUCUUUAUAUUUACAAAAUACAAUUGAAAAUUCUACUGAUCAUAAUAACAAUUCUGUUUGUAAGAGUGAUAAUGUCAAUCAUGUACUUCGGAUGAAUUCAGUAGAUAGUUACAAUCAUAGUAACAAUAAUAAUAAUAAUCACAGCCCUAGUAACACCAUUCUUCACUCACAAACAAUUCAAAAUAAAACUUAUGAUCAGUUACUGUUGGACAGUCAACUUAACCAAGAUACCAAUAGACAAUUGGAUAUAUCCAAAGAAUUAAUCAAGAAUUUUCAUCAACGCUGCACAGAAAAUCAUUUCAGUCACAGCCAAUCAAAUCAAUCAACUUAUGAAAAUUUCUGUUUACAGUUACAACAAUAUUUAAUGUUAUUAUGUGAAUGGUUUAAAAGUACAUCUAUUAGUACUAAUCCUACAAAUAUGUCAACAUCAACUACCACUACUAGUACUACUACUACUACUACUGCUACGAAUUCGAAUACUAAUACAACGUCUAACAUGAGUUGCACAUACAACUGGAUACCUUCCGCCACAUUAUCUUCAUGUUCCUCCUCAUCAACAGCAUCUCCCAAUAGUAUGACACAGUUAUCAGAUAUAAAAACUAAUCAUUCAUCAAACACUCAGCCUCAUAUUUUCACCUAUUCCUCACCAUUAAAACAGUCAGCGUUUUCUAUGUUUACUCCGUGUUCUUGUCCAUGUGUCUCCAACGCUUCCUCCUCCUCCUCCUCAUCAUCAUCAUCAUCAUCAUCAUCUUACUUCACAACAACACCAUCAAUGAGAACUUCAACUAACUUGACAAAUUCAUCUCUCAUUAAUAACAAAAAUCAUGCAAAUAUAUCAAAUUCCAUUCAAAAAAUAUUAACCAACAUGCACGAAAAUGAUCCUCCCAUUGAUCAUAUUCAAUCAACAAUAAUUAAAGAACAGGCAGAUGAAAUUACAAGAAGUAAAAAUCAAUAUCAACCAGACCAGUAUACAAAAUUAACAGAUGCUUUCAAUGAAAAAAUGUAUCAAAAUAUUUUAUUUUAUUAUUAUUAUUAUUUUGUAAAUUAUAAUUAUUGGAAAAAUAAGAAUAUCACUGACACUUUUAAUACUCAUCUUAAUAAUCAUCAUCAUAAUAACUUUACAAUGCCAAAAGAGUUCCCAGUAAUAACAAACGACAAGCAAGAAGAUAAUUUACGCAAAUUAAAUCAUAAAUUCCCUAUUUCAACUAAUAUAAAUAAUAGUAAUUGUGUUAAUACAACACUGAAUCACAAUUAUGAUUGUACAUAUAAUGAGUGUACACAGAAAAUGUUGUUCAAUUAUAAAAAACUAUUCAGUCAAUAUUCCAAUGAAAAGAUCAAUUCAAAUUUAUCAACAGAGAGCACUGUAACACCAACAACAAUUUCAGCACCGAAUUUACCAGUAAUUAUUAAUAAUUUAACAAUUAACAAUAAAUCAAUAACUUCAAUUCAUAGAAAUACUGAUGACUGUGCUGAUGGUAAUCUUGAAAAUAAUCAUUUAUUAAAUUGUCAAUUCAAUGAAUUAUUUAACAGAUUUACGUGUAAUUUACAAAAAUUAGACAUGACACACUCAAAUAAAAAUGCUCAAUGUUCAAUGAAUUCACAAAAUACCAAGAAAUUGCAUCAUAUUCAACAAAAUAAUAAAAAUGUGGUCACCGGUAAACGACGUUAUCGAACUCAUCGGGAGAAUUCAAGAAUACACAAAGAUAAACAUUUCGACUUUAAACAUUUAGCUCAAUCAUGCGUUGAUUAUGAAGUGAAUGAUAUACACUUAACGAAGUCAUCAUCAAUAUAUCAAAAGGAAUUUCCACAGGAAAAACAAUUCAAAAGUCAUUUUGUUGAUAAUAAUAAUAAUAAUCGUACUUUUGAUAGUAAUAAUAAUCAUAAUCAUAAUCAUAACAACAAUCGACAAGUGACUAGGAAAGAUACACAUUCAAUGAAAUCAAUGGAAAGAAAACAGUUCAGUGAGAAUAAAGAUAAUCACCUAGUUGAAGUACAUUUAAAAACUGCAAAUUCAAGAUUACGUGUAAAUUAUGGUCGAUUAAUUAAUUCGAAAGAGGAUAAAUCAAAUCAUAAUGGAUCACGUCGAAGAGUACGUAAACAAUAUAUUUGUCGAUUCUGUUUACGUCAAUUUACUAAAUCGUAUAAUCUAUUAAUUCAUGAACGUACACAUACAAAUGAAAGACCAUUUCCUUGUGAUGUUUGCGGUAAAGCAUUUCGUAGACAGGAUCAUUUAAGAGAUCACAGAUUUACGCAUAGUUCAAAGAAACCAUUUUUAUGUGAAAUAUGCGGUAAAGGAUUUUGUCAAUCUCGUACUUUGGCAUUACAUCGAACGACGCAUCAGUCCAAUAAAAUCGAUGAGAAUUUAAUGAUUUCAAUUAAUAAUUUGACUGAUAAUAAAAUGAAUAUUUCAAAUUGUAAAUUUCCGAAUGGCUACGAUCCUCAUUAUCAUCAUCAUUAUCAACAACAACAACAACAUCAUCAUCAAUCACUUUCUCCUGUUUUCUCAGCAUCAUCAAAAACGACCACCACAGCGAUCACAACAACAUUAGAGGUACCAACCAACGCGGUAUCAGAAUUAAUCAAAUAUCAUUCCUGA